AUGCUAAACAAACUUAAGCUCUCAUUGUUUGAAAAUAUAGUCAACGGGGUCAAAAUUGCUAAUGAAGAUGAAUUGAAUGAGAUUUUAGAGGAACGACAAGCAUUUGCCUGCAAUCCCGAGGAGCUAUGCUACUACUCCAAGGAUGAGAAAAGAUUAAAGUUUGCUGAUAUUAGUGGCCUCGAUGAGGUUAGGAUACCAUUUGGUGCCAAGGAUAAAAAGGAGAAGAAAGAAAAAGGCAAAAAGAAAGCCCGACCCCCAAUCAUAGGCACUUGUCUUACGGAAGGAUUCGAUGAGUUCGUGCCACCAGAUUUGAACGAUGUGUACCUGUUAAACGACUUAUUCAAAUCAUUGCAACAUUUAAUUGAAAGCAAUAGGCUAUCACGAGAUGAACUAAAGGUUCUCACUAUGAGGCGGCAUCUAAUGAAGCUAAUGUGUAUCCCGUUGAAUAAACAGCCGAUUAGUUUCGAUGUUGUAUACUGGCGCGAUUUGGUUAUAUUCGCAUAUGAUUGGGAGAAAGAGUUGGAGGUGGCCCUGGGGAGCCAUCAGAAAAUGUGCCAAUAUAGCGGCUUCAAGUUCGAAAAAGUGGUGACUGAAAGAGGUCCGCAUGAUUCGAAUUCACUGUUUCAUACAGUAGUACAACACACUCUGGGUAAAACUAGUGUCACCUACUCGGCUGAAAUUGAUUGUGCAUUACCAGGAAGUCCAGGGUUACACAGCUACGUAGAAUUAAAAACACAUCCAACCCUUCUUGAUGACAAGCUCAAAACUGCGAACAAGCUUCAGUGGAAGUUGAUGGCAUUGUACUGUCAGAACAAAUUCAUCUCGUGUAAUUAUUCUGCCAUUGGCUUUCGAUCAACAGACUUUAAGCUAGUUUCAAUCAAAAAAUAUACUGAGUUCGAGCUAACGGGAAUGUUAGACAAAUUGCCUAUAUUCCUAACGCAUCCGUAUUCUAUAAAACCGAAGCACAUCUUUCAGUGGUACAACAUUGUGAUUAAUUGGUUGUGUCAGAAACAGUUUGAUGAAGACAAACCCCAUGUUUUCAAACUAUAUUUUAAGAGGGAACCUGAACUAAUGGAUUCUCAUUUGAGCAUGGAAUCUGUCACUGGUGAAGAAGAGUUGCGAGUUUUCAACAAGCUAGUUCCUGAAUGGUUUCAAAACUUCUAUUAA